UUCACAUCAGCUGUGGGAUAAGUUACCACACCGUGGGACUGAUACGUUGGGCACAGCAUCAAAGUUAUAACUGUCUUAUUUCUGUGGACAUUUUUUUUUGCCAAGUGGAUUCUGGGUAUCAAAUAGGAAGUGACUCCAGCUUGUGUUGGUUUAUGUGUAUUAUGGUCAAGAGUUUUAUCGUCCAACCGCUUUCUUCGAUAUCAUUGGAUAGCAUCAGACAACGAAAAGUCGGGGAAACAAAACUGACCAAUGAGCGCAAGCCCCGGAAGUCGAGUUGACCUCAAGUCCGGUCUGCGCUGUUCUAUAAUGGCCAAGAGACGAGCGCAGGGGUUGGCUGAUAUUAAGCCGGAAUUUAACCGGCAAGAACCGGUGGAGAUGAGCCCUGAGGAGAGAGAGAAGAGAGAGAGACGGAGAGAACAGAACAGACGGGCGGCUCAGCGAUGUCGGACAAAGAAAAGAAUGAACCAGUUCAGUGUCAUUCAGAACUUUGAGAACAUCUUCCAGCACAACGUGGAGCUGCGACAGGAAGUGGCCACCCUGCGGCAGGAACGUGACGGCCUGCAGAAGGUCCUGCAGGCCCUGCUAAACACCUGCACCUGUCAGAACAAAAUGGCCGCCAACGUCCCGCAAAGUCACCAGCUGACGUCACUGAAACAAAUGUCAUUCAUCCACGACCACAAUCCACAGACCAUCCACGACCACAAUCCACAGACCAUCCACGACCACAAUCCACAGACCAUCCACGACCACAAUCCACAGACCAUCCACGCUCCACCAGAUACCGAGUCAUCCUCUGGUUACCCAGCAGCCUUAGUUCAAUCCAUCCAGCACCUGGCAUCCAACAUCCAGCAACAGACAUCCAGCGCCCAUCAACAGACAUCCAACAUCCAGCCUAAGAAAUCCAUCAUCCAGCAUCCAACACCCGCCCCGCCUCAGGUAGAGCCCAACGAACUGUUCCCCCCAAAAGACUACCCGCCAUCUUGUGCCGACCACAGGUCUUCGGGUGGCAAACGUCCAGUGUUUGCCAGCAGCGUCACGCAGAUCUGCCCAGAUGUUCAGGGCCCAUCGGCCGUUCUAUUGACUGACACGGGCAAGCCCAGCUACCCACAGCUGUGCCAGCUCUCACCAGACAAGCCCAGCUACUUACAGCUGUCAGCAGACAAGCCCAGCUACCCAAAGCUGUGCCAGCUCCUGAACUCACACACCCUCCUGACCUUGACCCCAGAAUCUUACACACCUGACUCAAACUUCCUUCUGGAUCCACCCACAGCGACAUCACGUGAUCUGUCACGUGACUUCCGCAACGCGAGCACCUCGUCAGACGGCAGUUACCAUGACGACGCCACGAGUCUCCAGCAGGAGUUCCGCUCCGUGGAGGUGCCAGACCUGGACAUGGAUGACGUCUUUGUGGGCGGGGCUCCAGUCUAUGACGUCAACAACAAUGUGCCUUACGUGGCUGACACCGACCCCGCGGGGGAGGGGCUGGGGGGUGAGGAGGACGUCCUACACUACAUCAGUGACGUCACGGUCACGAUGGAGGACGUCGGCAGCUUCUUCAACCACAUGUCGGGCGGGGACUUCGACCUCAGCGGCAGCGCCGAGUUCAACAACGACUACAGCAGCUACUAGACGUCUCACUGGCUGGGGUGUCACGGCUGGGGUGUCACGGCUGGGGUGUCACGGCUGGGGUGUCACGGCUGGGGUGUCACGGCUGGGGUGUCACGGCUGGGGUGUCACAUUUUAAAUCAUUCAUGUCAUCAAACAUCGCCAUUACAUUUCAGUAUUGCUUGAAUGUUCCGUGUAUGUUGUGUCUGUCUCUCUGUAUGUUGUGUCUGUCUCUCUGUAUGUUGUGUCUGUCUCUCUGUAUGUUGUGUCUGUAUGCGGUGCAACUGUUUUACAUGUGUACUUUGUGUUCAUUGUGUGUACUUUGUACAACUGUACAUUAUGUGUACAAUUCGUACACGCAUUCACCAGCAUUAUGCAAUCUUGGACAGCUCUCAGAUGGCGUAUAGUGAGAGGGGUAGUGACAUUUGACCACGGUUGUGGCAUUUGGCAUUUGGCCACGGCAGUGACAUCAGGGUAGUGACAUUUGACAAUGGGGUUGACAUUUGAAUAUUGCGCUGAAAAUGGACUUUGGCAGUGAACUUUGACUCUUAUUAUGACAUUUAUCUUUGUAGUGACAUUUGUCUACGACAAUGACAUUUCACUACAGACAUUUUCAUUUAGGGAUUAUCAUUCCGUAAAAUUUUAUUUUCAUUUAUAUCAAAUUUUCUAUUCUAUAUUGUAUUGAAAAAUCA